AUGCCUCCACCGCCGUCAUCAACCCACAACCCUUCCGCAAAUGGAGGUAUUCGCAAUGCUGCACCCUCCUCUUCGGCUAUGGCCUCAUCCGCACCACAAUCCGUAAAUGAGCCGUCGCCCAGCUCAUCGGUCAAGCUCGACAAUCAGAAGCAUGCCGCGUAUAAGCUACCUUCAAGACCAACUCAUCUCCAGGCGCCGUCUGGGGCCAACCAACCGCAACGUAGACAGUGGCCUCAGCCUUCGUCUGCCGCGCAGAACGGAAACAGCUUCAACUCGGUAGCACCAUCUUCCAGGCAUGACUACGAUGACGAAGACGAAGACGAGGAGGGCGCGAUCGAUGACAGUGCCACCUCGAAACCUGCUGCGAAUCUCUUGUCUUCCUUCCGUCCAGCACCGCCAAAGACCCCUCCAUAUCCGUCCAAUUCCCAACCUGCGCAUGAGGAACAUCGCGGGAACGACCGCUUUCAACCUUCGGAUGCACGCAAAGAUCAGAAUCACUCGUCCUCGUACCAGCUACGCUCGCCGUCGCCGCCCCGGAGAUCCCAACAGAGCACUACAACCUCACGUGCACACGUCGCCCAUCUUCGCAGCCCUUCUCCUCCCGAAUCAUCCUCUCGACGUCCCGGUAGAGACCAUGACAAUGGCAUGACUCGCAUAUCCACAAACGAUCGAUAUCACCGUGGAGACCCUCAUCUUUACCACCCCUCAGCCAGCGAACUUCGAAGUAAAGAUGAUCGACAUGAUGCUGCAGGCUCGCACAUGUGGGAUCGGGCUAAGCAAGACCUAAAGCGAGCAUCGAACGAUGACUGGCGGCGCGAAGAUCGAGGUUGGAACCAUGACCGACGUGCCGGAGCCGGAGCGCGAGGAGGAGGAGGUGGUGGUGGAGGAGGAGGAGGAGGUGGUGGUGGUGGUGGUGGUGGUGGUGGUGGUGCUCGAUCAUGGGAUCGAGAAUACGAUCGACGCUAUGACAGAAACGAGCGAGAUCGAGAUCGGCCACGGACCCAUUCUCGGUAUCACGAUCCCAGAGACGAGCUUCCGCGCGAAAAGCCUUCCAACAGGAACGGACGCGACAAAGAGCUGUCUCCCCACACAGCUGGCACAGAGCAGCAAUACGCUGGGUGGUCUCCUACACCGCCGCAAGGUCAGCCAGCCGACCCAUUGUCUAAUGGCAACAACGGUGAGCCGUUCGCAAACAGGCCCCCAUCAAGAAUGGGUCGAGCUGCACCACCGCCAUUGCUCUCCAAUAUUGAUCAUCCUCCAACGUUCAACGCGAAUCGCGAUUUGGAUUCGUCUCUGGCCAAACGCGCUCGAUCUCGCUCUCCACCGGCAGGUCUGCUCAAGCGCAAAGCCAACUUCAACGCCGUAAUGCCACCAGCGUUGGCACCUGUCAACCCAGAUGCGAGUGCACCAGCUGAGAGCGAAAACGUUACACCGGGAGCACCCCUCCCGCCCAAGGUAGAGACGUUGCAGUCCCCAUCGAUGCCUGCUUCACGUCUCGGGUCCGAAUCGGUUGCUGCCACAGCAGCGUUGGGCAGUCUGCCAGGUUCGGCUAUAGCUACAGCAGCCUCGUCGGGUGCGGCCACAGCUACUUUUCCUACUGCCGCCAGUGGUGGUAGUGUUGCAGUACCGGCCGAUGCCAACUUCAACGCAACCUGUCAAGCACUCGACGACUUCACUCUGCCAUCCGUCCGACUUUCGUGCCUUCCACGCAAGCUGCCUGACCGCCCGAGUACGUCUGGACGAGAGCGACGCAAAGCACGUGGGCCGCCUGUGCCGCUCAACCAGCGCAAAUUCGUAGGCUGCUCAUCGCUCGAUGACUACGAGAUCUCAAUCAAGCUCGGACAAGGUACAUUCGGCGAAGUGCUCAAGGGACGACAGAUCUUGACGGGGACCCAAGUUGCGCUCAAGAAGGUCACAAUCCAUGACGCAAAGGAUGGUCUGCCCAUCACGGCUCUACGCGAGAUCAAGCUGCUGAAGAAGCUUAGACACCCAAGCGUCGUGCCUGUGAUCGAUAUGGCUUUCCGUCCGUCGGGAGAGAGGGGCAAGCUGGGCGACGUCUAUAUGGUGGAGCCGUACAUGGACCAUGAUCUCAACGGGAUGCUUGAAAAUCCAUCGAUCCGUCUCGAGCACAGCCAAAUCAAGCUGUAUAUGAAACAACUCCUCGAAGGCACACUGUACCUGCACAAGAAUCGUAUCUUGCAUCGUGACAUGAAGGCAGCCAACUUGCUCAUCGACAAUCAAGGCCAGCUUCAGAUCGCCGAUUUCGGACUCGCUCGUCCGUACCGCGAUCCGGGACAGUCGUGGACGGGCAAAGGUUGGACAGCGGGAACGCACCGAUAUACGAAUAUGGUGGUCACCCGUUGGUAUCGACCGCCGGAGCUACUGGCGGGAGAGAAGAAGUACGGCCCGCCGAUCGACAUGUGGGGGAUCGGAUGUAUCUUGGCCGAGAUGAUCACGGGUCGGCCACUGUUCAAAGGCACGUCCGAGAUCAACCAGCUCGAGCUGAUUGCGAAGCUCUGCGGGUCGCCUAACGAGACCAACUUUCCGGGAUGGAGCAGUCUGCCGGGUGUAAAAGAUGCCGAUCCGACGGGUCGGCCAGAUCCGCAUCCGGAAAUUCCAGGACAGCACGCGUUCGGUGACUAUCCAAGAAAGGUGAAGGACCAUUUUCGAUCCGUGUACGAUGCGGGCCCUGGAUGUGCGGAUUUGAUCGACAAGCUCUUGGUGCUCGAUCCGAGGAAGAGGUUGACGGCGCAGCAGGCGUUGGAACACGAGUGGUUUUGGACCAAGCCGUAUCCGGCGGAUCCGAAGAGCUUGCCCAAGUAUGAGCAUUCCAAGGAGAUCGAUCGUGCGAGGAGGGAUUGGAAGCCUGCGCCUGCAGCUGCAGCUGCAGCUCCAGGCGGUGGAGGCAUGGCAGCGGCAACCAUGGCAAGACCGAGACCGGCAAUGCAGCAGCUCCCGUAUAUUGCGGGUGCACCACAGCAGAGGGCGUACAAUCGACCAGCUGGUUUUGCGCAAUCGGCCGGGUACGCGAUGCCAGCCACUGGGAUGCCCACUCCGGAUGCUACGGAUACCUGGGACGCGAGGGCAGCUCCACCUCCCAUGGCAGGUGGUGGCGCAAGACACGCGUUCCCUCACCCGCAAGGUGGUGCCAGGUUCACCCAUCCGAACACGAGACCCGCACAUCACGCGCAUCCGCAGCAGCCGCAGCAGCCGCAGCAGGCGCAGCAGGCGCAUGCUUACUACCCAAAUCAUAGGGAGCCCGCUCAACAAAGACAACAACACAGUCUGCCACAAAGACCUGUCGGUCCGCCGCGCGCCAGCGGAGGGAAUCCUUACUCUAUGUAG